UGUCGUCCUCAACUCUCGCUGCUGAUAACAUCACACACACUAAUAUAAGACUACGAUGGUCCUUUAUUCUAUCUAGUCAGCAAAAAUGAGUUCCAAAAGUGCGAUCGUGUUGGUAAUCUGCUCCCUAGGGAGUCUGGCCCUCGCUCAUCCGAGUUUCAUGGACCUGAUCCCCAACGGUCACAUGGUACCCGAUCCUUGUCCAAACACCAGCGAUUUCUGGGUUGGAGUGGGACACAACAACCGCACGGGAGGAGGUAUCGCGAAUGUGUUCGGGGCUGACUUCCUGAAGAACAACAUGACAUGGACAAGUGCAUUGUGUACAGCUGACUCUGAUAUUGACGGAAGAUCGAACGGAUUUGAACUCGGAGACCCCGACUGCAAGUGGACGCCGGGUGGUACACCAGAAACCAAAGCAGUCUCUCAUCCAGGCGUGUGUGAACCUAUGAACACUAAAACUUGUAUGGCUGUUAAUUUGAAUAUAAGGUGUAUCUAACAUGUGACGUCAUUAAAGGUAUUUCUUCAA